GCUCGUUCGACUUGCUCGAUAAACGUGCUAAUGAACAAAAAGUGCGAUCCAUGCCGCGCCCGAAAGGUUAAGUGCGACAAGGAAUCGCCCUGUUCGGCCUGUAGAGCCUCGAAUCUAUCGUGCGUGACGUCUGAGCGUGAGAAGAGUGUAAAGCGCAAGAGGAUUCAUGUAUCGGACGAUUAGUCUGUUUGCACUGAUCGUUGGCGUCAAGAUAUCGGUUACUAAUCGCCAUAUAUCUAGUGAGCGCAAAAUUGAUAUGAUAGAAGCGAAGCUGGCCAGUCUUGAUCAGGUUCUUCAGAGACCGCUUCACACGGACAUUCUUGGCCGAAGAGAAUCUCUCGCGGCAGGCUCGACGCCAUCGUCCAGCGAUUUUACAAGACCCAGAACUUUAUUCUCGGACGCUGACCAGCCUGAUGCGGACGGUGAUGCCUACGAAGGCGAUACGUCCCUCAGUGCACAUUCAAUACAGGCCCGCGCCCUGGUAGAAAGAGUCCUCGGACAAGGUGCCUUCGCUUCCACCAGCCCUGAAGUGUCUUCUGCUGUCUCAUCUCUGCUAGACAUGUCCAAUGGGGGUAGGAAGCGCAUAUCUAGACCCGUGACCCGGAGUGGUUCCUCCUUCGAUUAUCGCAAGCUCCCGCUUCCGCCGACGAAUCUUGUUUUGGAUGUUUUGCGACGGUCAAAAGAAAACCGAACAGUAAUGUUCGACCUGUUGGUUAACUGGAUGUCGCUACCUCGCCUAACGGAUUUCUGCAAAUCAGUCUUCUUUUCUGUUGACGAGUACCCACCGUCUACUGCGAUCAUAGUCUUUGGGAAUCUCUUUUGGCUUUUCGAGGAAUUUAGUUGGCGCGCUCCGGAUGAGCAGGAGAAGAACGAAUUCCGCCAGUGCGCUGAUUUGUGCCGGACUAACUUCGAAACUUCUGUCUCCUCAUUAGACAUCUUUUUACCAGCUACACCGGAGAACGUCGAGGCGUUGCUUAUGGCUGCUAUGCACGGUAUCGAUACGUCGCGCCUUAAUGUCAGCUGGAAACUGAAAUCCGUUGCAUUGACUUUAGCUCAAACGCUUGGUUGGCACAGGGCUCAGUCUGUCAAAGAUGUUGACAAGGACACAAGAGUUAGGCAAGAGAAAAUGUUCUAUUUUUUGUACGUUCUUGAUAAAGGAUUGAGCCUUCGUCUUGGUCGGGCUAGCUUCUUUCAAGACUAUGAUAUUGAUCUUCCAUACCCUGAGCUUGGCGAUGAUGACCUAGGCAGAGCUUGUACCGAGGAAUAUAGAUUGUUCAUACAAGUCGCUCGCGUGCAAGGCUUGAUAUAUGAACAACUAUACUCACCUGGGGCGCUAAGAGAAAACACGGAAACGCGGAUUCAUCGAGCACAGAUGCUUGUUGAUCAAUUGAAUAGUAUAAGACAGAUAAAUCUGAAGCUGGUGCAAAGCCUUGGUUUGCCUGAUCCUAACGCGCCUUACGUCUACGACGUACGUGGCGUUCUCUCCGUCUUUCUGCUUUCGGAUGAGGUUACACAUUACACGAAUAUCGCCAUGUGCUAUCGCGUCAUUCCAGCAGAUAGCGAGUCAGGGUUAAGACCUGAAUGUUUGGAUGCGGCUCGCUCUGCUCUCGAAUCUCAUCAGUCCGCUCUGCGACUUAAAGAGUCGCAUAAAGGGAUGUGGAAAUGGUACUUUGCAUGGACUCUCCUGUUUGCUCCAUUUAUUCCAUUUUUGGUCGUCUUUUCGAAUGUCAUCUCAACGGCGGACAACACGGAUCUUGUUCGCUUGCGCGACUUCGUCGCCUCCAUCGCCGACAGCGACUUUUGCGAAGGUGCACGCAAGAUGCAUCAUAUUUGCUCGAUGUUUUAUCGGAUUGCGAAGCUUUAUGUCGAUGCGAAGGCGAGGGCACAACCGGUUGAAAAUCAGACAUCACCAGUAGUCCGCCAGGCCUCUACUGGAUCAACGCCUUACUCUGGGACCGCGGAUCUCAAUGCACUUAAUCCGUACCUAAAUGCAAUUGGUUUUGCUGGCGAUCCGAUGCUGGACAUGAACACGGAGCUGAGUGCCGACGUGGGAGAUUGGUUCACAGGAAAUCAGUUUGUUAUGGGGCUAAUGGACAAUGACAUGUAUUCGGGUCAUCCUGGCCCCCAAGCACGAUGAUAAUUUAUCGAUGCUGAACAAAAAUUUGCUGGUAACCGCCUGGCCCGACGAAAGCUUCGCGGGACCUUCUAAUAUUCAUGCUUCGCGUUUUGUCGCCGUGGAACGGGAGUCUUCAAAACGCGGCUUUGGCAAAAGGCUCCCAAAGAAGCACCACGAGAGACAAUGGCAGUGAGCGCCUAGUUUCAACGGCGAAUAUGCUAAGUGUUCUGCUGGCAUGCAAUUUCGCCAAAGAUCUUGUGGGGGUCAAGUGGAAGUGCAGCAUCAGGCAGUACGGAUAUGACUUGUCAUUUCUAUGCAUGUGUCGGCAUUUUACAUAUUAGAGCUCGCACAAGAUAUUGCGGUCUAUUAUUUGUGUUAGAGCACUCAAUUCUUAACGAAGAGAAAGGGAGUGGCUCAUUAUACACAAAUGGCUAGUAGUCAAUCCUGGGGAUUCUUGGAUGCUACGCAAAAUGGUGGACCUGAAGUCAAGCCCAUCUUUUCAAAAGGUGAAAUCAUCAUAUGCUAAUUCGCACAGAAGAAGGCUGAACAACUGAAAUAUUCCACCGUAAAUAUCAAGCGAGCAGAUUAGAAUAUUUUGCAAAAUCUCCAGCAAUUCACAAGUUCGCCGAAUUGCAUUGUGAUAGAAGUCUGACUAAGUAUAAUAAACUUCUGAAUGAGGAAUUGCUC